CAGCAAAGCACCAUCAAUAAACUGAGAGGACUGCGCUGAUUUGGAGGAGCAACGGCGCACUGCGUGGUACGCUUUUUGGCGUGCAUGGACCGGACUUCUGUGAACUUUUCUCUCCUUCCUGAAUUUACCGACUACAUCCCAAAAUACCUUCGUUUAAUUUGACAGCUGUGCACACAAUGGCAGAGGUCGUGAGUGUUCUGGGGACGCUCGGCUUGGAUUUACAAACCACUCUCUCUUCGGUGGGGACUAUGCCCGUAACAGAGUCCCCCAUAGGGCUGAAUGAGCGACUGGGGCAGAUUGAAGGCAGAGUGCAGCGCGGGUCGCCCACAGAUUUCGGCCACCUCAAAGGGAUCUUGAGGCGGCGGCAGCUCUACUGCAGGACCGGCUUUCAGCUAGAGAUAUUCCCCAAUGGCACAGUGCACGGGACAAGACAGGACCACAGCAGGUUUGGUAUCCUGGAGUUCAUAAGUAUAGCAGUAGGUCUGGUGAGCAUCAGAGGGGUGGACGCUGGACUCUACCUCGGCAUGAAUGAGAAAGGAGAGCUCUAUGGGUCGAAGAAGCUGACAAAAGAAUGUGUGUUCAGGGAGCAGUUUGAGGAGAACUGGUACAACACCUACGCUUCAACUCGGUACAGGCACACGGACACGGGGCGCUUCUACUAUGUGGCUUUAAACAAAGAUGGUUCGCCCAGGGAGGGCGGCAGGACUAAAAAACACCAGAAGCUCACCCACUUCUUACCCAGACCGGUGGAGAUUGAAAAGAUCCCUCAGGAAUUCAGGGAUUUAUUCCAGUACAGGUGACCAGUGCUUACACUGGGAGAGCUGGUUGUUUCUGAAGGAACAGAGAUAAAAGAAAAAGACAAAAAAGAGGGGGCGGGGGAGGGAUAUUGUGGAUAUUUUGGACCUGGUACAGAACUGUUUACCUUCACCCCCCCACCCGAGGUUACCAUGUUUGCACCUCAGCCUGCUGCCAGCAGCAGUGACACGGACAUUUCUCCUGGAUGUCGCAUCUUUGCAUCUUCUGCGGCGGACUUCAGAGAGGAGAUAACUCUCUUAUAAAACCACUGCUAUCACGGACAAAGGAGGCCCUCAUGACUGCCCAGCUGUGGCUGAAUCAGGAAAAUCAAAUCAGGUGCCGUGUUUUCUCUAUAAAUGCAUAACAGAGGUUCAUGUGUAGAUACUGAAGAGGCAAAAUGGGAGUGGUCGCUCUUGAUGGUUUUGGCCGGGACAAGGAACAGUCAACGAGAAGUGACUUUUAGGAGCUGAGGACAUAAAUCCCUGCAUGAUGUCACAUUGUGCACACGGUUAUGGCGACAUUAAAUGUAAAGGAGAGGGAAGGAAAGCACAUUCCACAUAUACAGCAGAGACGUGCAAACUUUGUGCUACAUGUUUGUUAAGUGGUAGUUUGGGAUAUGUGACGAGAUUGUCUUUGAGUUAGCUACGAGCAAGUUUUGUUUCAAAUAAAAGACAAAGGAUGGGAAUAAUGUCUCUGACUCUGGGAUCAAUCGAACUGCAGUUACUGCACAUCCCAAGUCUCAGCAUCACGUUCGCUUGGUCCGAGUUUAAACAUCAGAUUAAAUUCAAACAAACACAAAAAAGCUACGGGAAUUUAAUAUGCAAAAAAAAAAAGCAGUCAAGCUCGGGCUAAAAGCACUUCUCCGACUGGGGUUGUGAAGACUAAAGAAAUGGGUUUUCUUCUUAAGGAUGAUGACUUGUAAUGUUCAGAGCAUCGGGGAACAUUAUUAAAAAUGCAAGCAGCUGAGGUGUACAUAUGGGUGUUCCUAUUUAUGAGAUGUACAAUAUAUUUAUUUUCUACAUAUAAAGUAUAAAUGUAAAUCUAUAUAUUUAUUUAUUGCAAAGACUUUAUUUUGUAAUGAACUUGAAGUUAUCUGGACUGCAGAUUCUACUGAAUUGACACCAAAAAAAAGGCAAACAAAAAAUGAAGAACUGCAAUGAAACAUGACAAUAAAAUUGUCCUGCUAUCGAGACAUCAUUGUGAGAGACCAUUUUUGCUUGCAUUAAAGUCUGUACCAAUUAAAACCA